UGCUCGACGGACGAUCUUCUUCCUCUCCAGUCUCCCCUUCUUCUUCAACACCCGUUCUACUGCCUGCCCGUCGCCCGACGCCAGUCUCCUCUCCUUCUUCGUGAUUGAAUCAGGUUUUGGUGUCUGGUUAGGUUGAUUGAUUAAACAUGCUCGUGCUAUUUGAAACCCCUGCGGGAUUUGCCCUAUUCAAAGUGUUAGAUGAGGGGAAGCUUUCAAAAGUUGAGGACUUGUGGAAGGAAUUUGCUACAUCUGAAUCGGCUAGACAGGUAGUGAAGCUGAAAGCUUUUACCAAGUUUGAGAACACCUCGGAAGCCUUAUCAGCAGCCACUUUACUGAUUGAUAGCAAGCCUAGCAAGGGUCUUCGCAAAUUUCUGCGUACUCACUGUGAGGGAGAAAUGUUAGCUGUCGCUGAUUCAAAGCUAGGAAAUGCGAUAAAAGAAAAAUUGCAAAUAGAAUGUCUUCACAACAAUGCUGUAAUGGAGCUGAUGAGGGGGGUUAGAAGUCAGUUGACCGAACUCAUAUCUGGGCUUGCUGUACAAGACUUGGCUCCAAUGAGCUUGGGUUUGUCACACAGCCUAUCAAGAUACAAGCUAAAAUUCAGCCCUGAUAAGGUUGAUACGAUGAUCAUUCAGGCCAUUGGCUUGUUGGAUGAUCUUGACAAAGAGCUCAAUACAUAUGCGAUGAGGGUCCGUGAAUGGUAUGGCUGGCAUUUCCCAGAGCUUGCAAAGAUCGUAACAGACAAUAUCCAGUAUGCCAAGGUUGUGAAGCUAAUGGGCAACCGUGUGAAUGCAGUGGGCCUUGAUUUCUCUGAGAUAUUGUCGGAAGAGGCUGAGACAGCUCUAAAAGAGGCAGCAGUGAUAUCAAUGGGAACUGAAGUUAGUGAUCUUGAUUUGGCAAAUAUUAAAGCCCUUUGUGACCAAGUGUUAGCCCUUUCAGAGUACAGAGCUCAGCUCUAUGAGUACUUGAGGAGCAGAAUGAACACGAUUGCCCCUAAUCUGACUGCCCUUGUUGGAGAGCUUGUUGGAGCUCGCCUCAUUGCUCAUGGUGGUAGCUUGUUGAACCUGGCAAAGCAACCUGGAAGCACAGUUCAGAUUCUUGGUGCAGAGAAGGCACUUUUCAGAGCUUUGAAGACAAAGCAUGCUACUCCAAAAUAUGGGCUCAUCUUCCACGCAUCCUUAAUUGGUCAGGCACCCCCAAAACUCAAGGGAAAAAUUUCUCGAUCUUUAGCUGCAAAGACUGUGCUUGCUAUUCGAUAUGAUGCUUUGGGAGAUGGUCAAGACAACACUAUGGGACUUGAGAAUAGAUUGAAGCUUGAAGCCCGGUUGAGGAAUCUUGAGGGGAGGGAAUUGGGUCGCUCUGCUGGGUCAACUAAAGGCAAGCCCAAGAUAGAAUUUUAUGACAAAGAUCGAAGGAAGGAUGCAGGGGCAUUGAUAACAGCUGCCAAGACCUACAACCCGGCAGCUGAUUCAGUACUCAGUAAAUGUGCAGAACCAGCAACAGAGAAACCAGCUGAAGAGCUGGAAGAGAUGUCACCCUCUAAGAAGAGGAAGCAUAAAGAAGCAGAGCCCUCACAGCCCGAAGAGGCAGGAGAAGAGGUCAAGAAGCAGAAGAAGAAGAAGAAGAAGAAGAAGAAGCAGGCAGAGGCUGCCGAGGAUGCUAAUGUGGAACCUGAAGAGGUAGAAGCGGAAACUAAGAAGGAGAAGAAGAAGAAGAAGAGAAAGCACGAGGAAGCAGAGGAUGGAGUAGCGAGCGUCCAGGUUGAGGAACAAGAAGCUGAAACACGAAGCAAGAAGAAAGAGAAGAGGAAGAAGGAGAAGAAGAGUGAGUGACGUUGCAGGGUGUGAAUGAGGGGUUUCUGCAUGGAGCAAGAGCCCAACAAUUUUUGGGUAUUUAGGCCCCGGGAUGGUAAGUUUUGUAAAAUCUCCUUUACCAGAUUAGUGUUUGGUUAAAUAUGUUGGCUUGGGACUUUUUAAGUUAAUUGUUUUCAGAUAUUCUUGCUCUCACCAUAGCGAGAAAUUGCAGAAGAAAUGGUUGGCGGAAUAGUUAGAACAUUGGUGGAAUUUCAUGAAUGUGUUUUGGUAGUCUCUUGUUUUAGAUAUGGCAUUCAAAGGCAAGUGUUUUGUUGUUAGGUA